CUUUACUACCUACAGAAAGAAAGGGGAUUCUUAAUAUACCUUAUUUUUAACUUUAGCUACAUAAAUUAGCAUCAUAUUCUCAAAUCCGGAUUACCAUGCUUAAAAUAAUCAUUUUCAACAAAAAUGACCAAUUAAAUUCAGCAUCAAAAUUUAUGGAAAAAUACAACUGCCUAUUAUUAGCCAAACAUUUUAUGUUUUAUGAAGAAAUGGCUGCAGUAAAAAAUGUUUUUCACCAAAUGUUUCUAAGUAAGUGUUAGCUGGGGUCUAUCACAUGUGCAAUAAAAUUGAACAGAUAAUAAGUGUAUCUCACAUGGAUAUCUUCUAUGUGUCACAAUUGGAACCACUUUUAUACUGUACAAUGUUUCUAAUAUAUAAGGUCAAUACAUUUGUCAUAUUCCUAAACCACAUUAGAAAUGGGGGAGGGAGCACAAAACAAAACAAAGAAGAUAAGAACAAAAAGCAGCUGGGACCAAGACUUCCUGUCCACACUAACCAUAUUCAAAGUUAAAUUGUAACUUAAUAUGGAGGAAAGCUCAACAAAGAGUGAGGAGAAUUACACAUCACAAAGAUUUGAAGCAUUAAAAAAAGCAACACAAGAGUAUAUUCAGUCCUUAUUUAACGAGCAGCGAUUUGCAAAUGCUUUGGCAACAUCAUUUAAGCCAGUGUACAAGUUGAACAAAGAAAAGUUUAUGAAAACUGCCAAUGAAAUGGAGAAGAAUUUGAACAAGGAAGUGUCCAAUAAAGUUAGUGAUAUUAUUUCAAAGCAUGAAUUUUUGUCAAAGAUUAAAGAGCUUGAUCAUUUAGAAGAGCAGUGUAAUAAUAACCAAAUCCUUUGUAAAAUGUCAGACAAUUCAGAAGUAAAUCCAAAGGCUAUUGCUUAUUCUCUAAAAGUUAAGUAUGUGUCGGAGCAGAAAGAAAAGGUUAACACUGAGUAUAUGCGUUUAAAAGAAGAGUUGGAAAGAAAAACCGAGAAAUAUCAGUCCAACAUGAAACUUUUACAAAGUAAAUGUAACCUGAAAGACACUAUAAAGGAGUAUGAAGGACAGCUACAAAGUUUGGAAGAUAUUUUGGUUACGGAUAGAGAAAUGUUAGACUGAUUCAUAUUUCUUAUUUAUUUAUAUUCCGAUUAACUUUAAUUUAUUUCCCAAUAUUAACUUUGUAUAUUGGUUACUUUAAAUUAACUAGUCAGUUGUUUUGCAGUUAUUUAUAAAAAAAUGAUUCUAUGUUAUGAGAACUUUUUGUUUCUUUCAGUGAUUAGUAGUUAUUUUGUACUUACUCUUUGUAAAAAAUACUGCACAGCAAAAGCAUAAUGCAUUUCAAAAUAGAUGUACUUAAAACGAAGUACAAUGUGUGGGAUAUACCAUUGACAUUUGACCGUUCCUAUGUAAACAGCCAAAAAGUGAAAUAUACAGUAGGCUUGAGUUUGACUUUGAUUUGAAGGACUUCUUUUAAUUUUUAACCCAUAAGUGAAGUGUUCAAUUUGACUAAAGUAAUAAGAAAUCGUAAAGUUAACUUUGGGUUUUAAUUUAAUUGGUCUCUAAAAAUUAGUAUUGUAUUAUCAAGUUAUUCAUUUAAUUUUACUUGUUUUGUUAUGAUUUGUAAUCCUUCAUAUACCAUUUUUUUCAAUCAAAUCGAGCAAGCUUUUAUUGUUAUUGUCUCGUUACAUUCCUUCAGUGUUCAUUUUGUAGGUGUUGAGUGUGAAGGGUAUGAUCAUGAUUUUGACUUAAAUCUUCAAUUAAUAAAAGAACAUGUAAUAUCUCUGGUGUUAAAUUAAAUUGGAUAUGCGAAAUUGUUCUUUUUUCCUUUUUAUUGCAUUGCUGUUUUAUAGUAUAUUUCACAUCUAAUGUUUUAGUAUUAUUAUUUCUAAUAUCCUAUAUGAAGUAAUAAAACAUUUAAAAUA